AUGACCUCAACGUUAAGCGAUGCGUUUAUAUCGCAUCCCAUUCACAUCCCACUCUCAAACUUACCCGAUUUCAAAUCCCUCCGUCACCUCCCGGACUCUUACACGUGGACCCCUAAGGACGAUCUUCUCUUCUCCGCCUCCGACUCCGACGAGUCUCUACCGUUCAUCGACCUCUCCGAUCCCCACGUGGCCGCUCGUGUGGGCCAUGCUUGUACCACUUGGGGGGCAUUCCAGAUCACCAACCACGGCGUACCGUCACGACUUCUCGACCACAUCGAGUUCCUCACCGGAAGCCUUUUCCGGCUUCCCGUCCAACGGAAGCUCAAGGCGGCUCGGUCGGAGAAUGGCAUCUCCGGCUACGGCGUUGCUCGUAUUGCUUCUUUUUUUAACAAGCAAAUGUGGUCCGAAGGUUUCACAGUUAUUGGUUCCCCACUUGACGAUUUCCAUAAACUUUGGCCCAGGCAUCACCUCAAGUACUGUCAAAAUUUUAACUAA